CUCGAUUAUAAUUGAUGCACAGUCGUUCUUGCUCGAAUCGCUGUGCAACAGCGGCUUCUUACGCCGUACCGAAAAAAAAUGUCAAAACGAUCAGCAGCGGACAGUCAAACAGAAGGCCAGGCAUAUACAAAAGUAUCCGGAAAUGCAUCCAGACGCAACGAUGCAACCGCUGAUGAGAUGGGCGAAUUUGAAGAUGCAUGGGAGGACGAGAUCGAGUCUGAAGGAGAGGCAGUAGAUGCUGAUGCUGACGGAGGAGUGGACGGCAUGGAUGUUGACGAGGUUAUGCCUGCUAUCGAGGAGUCUGAAGAAAAACCGUCAGAACCAGAGGCAUUCAUACCCGGCACCCAUGUUCUCGGGAAAGACGAAGUACUGGAACCUGACGACACGGUAUAUAUUAUGCGCCAUUCAAUGAACGUAUCCUGGCCUUGUCUUUCAUUUGACGUCCUACGAGACAAUCUGGGUGAUGAACGACAGAGAUAUCCCGCAGUUGCCUACAUCGUGGCUGGAACGCAGGCGGACAGAGGGAGCAACAACGAGGUCUCUGUUUAUAAGAUGAGCUCGCUCUAUCGCACGCAAAAAAACGGAGAAGACUCCGACUCUGACGGCGAGGAUAACGAAGACGACCUCGAUGAAGACCCUGUACUAGAGUACAGGUCGGUUCCACACGACGGUGGAGUGAAUCGGGUUCGGGCGCAACCUUUGCCGCCAUCUUCUGGUCUCCCCCCUGUGUCCCAACCGUACUAUGCCGCAACGUGGGCAGAAACAGGGAAGGUACACAUUUGGGAUAUACGUCCGCUCAUAGAAUCACUCGACACGCCUGGAUACUCCCUUGAAAAGACAAGGACCAACAAACCGACCUUCUCCAUCAACUCACAUGGUCACGCGGAAGGUUUUGCCAUGGAUUGGGCAUCGUCAGGUGGAGCCAAUCCGUCCGCCCUCCGUCUUCUCACUGGAGAUAUCCACUCGAAAAUUUACCUAACGAUAACCACACCGUCUGGUUUUAAUCCCCUUUCUCAGCCAUUCGUGUCGCAUACAUCCAGUGUUGAAGACAUCCAAUGGAGCCCAACCGAACCCACUGUCUUUGCGUCGUGUUCUGCAGACUGUAGUGUACAAAUAUGGGACGUACGCACCAGAGGUCGUCAAAGUGCGACCGGCAUCGACCAUGCUCAUGAGAGCGACGUGAAUGUCAUCAGCUGGAAUAGAAACACGACUUACUUGAUGUUGAGUGGUGGAGACGAAGGCGGAAUCAAGGUAUGGGAUUUGCGAAGCGUGAAAAAGCGAGGUUCAUCUGGGGGCGUCUCUAGCCCCGUUGCCGCCUUCACAUGGCACAAGGCACCGAUCACAUCCAUCGAGUGGCAUUCAACAGAUGAUUCGGUCUUCGUCGCUUCUGGUGCUGAUGAUCAAGUCACCUUAUGGGACCUCGGAGUAGAGCAAGACGAUGAAGACGUGGGUACUGCAAUGAACGUAACGCCCGACGGCGACCAAGAAGUCCCCCCUCAGCUGCUCUUUAUCCACCAAGGACAAAAGGAUGUCAAGGAGGUCCAUUGGCAUCCGCAGAUCCCCGGCACUGUCAUCACCACUGCGCUGGAUGGUUUCAACAUAUUUAAAACCUAAGGAAUAUAUACUUUGGCGUCCCAGCACGGAUUUUAUCUACACGUUGAAGGAGCGCGUUAAUAUUCUACGCCCGGUCAGUAAAGCCCCGCGCGAUUGUUGCCUCUUGGCGAACGUAUCUUGGCCAUGUUCUUGUGAAGUAUGUCAGUUAUAACCGCAUAUAUAUUGCGGAUGUCGAUGAGAUUUUGGCGUGCGAAGAACAGUUGCUUUUCGUCGUGCUCCCGUAGUGCAAGAGCAUAAUCCUCGACGUUUGGAUACUUGAUCAGCUUAGAGCAUAUUUUCGCGCGAGCAAGAUGAUGUUGUCGAACGCUAUCACGGAUGUUAUAGGCACUUUCUUGUGAGCGAAGCAGCUCGCUUAGA